UGAAACUUCAUUAUUGUCACUGACUCCACGGCGCUAAAAACAGUUGAAGCAAAGUUUGACAGAAUAUUGGACACUGAUAUGUUGAUACAGUUGUAUCAGUCAUAGUGCUAAUUUGUUUAGCUGAAUGCAUGUAAGAAUAGAAAACCAAAUGUGUGGAUUACAGUUUGAAUUUCCCCUCCCACUGACGCUAGGGCUUGCCUUCUGGUUACUUGUCAAGUGCUGCCGAACACUGUUUUCUGGAUCGAACGUUCUUUUCUGUCGGUAUCAAGACCGUUACUUGCGAGUAACCUUAACGUAAAUCUGGUUAUCUGUUCGCUGAACGGCAUGCUUGUAAACCAGCGGCAUUGAAAUGUGGAGGUUGAAAACAGUACCACAUAAAGCCCGACUUCAAGGCAGUGGACUUGAGGAGUUCAAAUUGAAGAGGCGAGAGCAAGAGAGAGCACUGCGACAAGCCCGGAGAGACCGGCAACUCGUCAGCAAGCGGGUCCUGCUGCAUGAGGAUGAAGAUGAUGCGUUCGAGGGUGAAGGGACGAUGGAUACGUGCAUCACGCCCACUAGCGACCAGGUGGUCAAGCUGCUACAUGGAUUGCAGGCAGGCGGAGAGAAGAGGACUACCCUGUGCAGGGAGCUGAGGAGAGCACUUAGAGACCUCAAGGUCCAGCUCAUCUUCAUCCGACUGGAGAACAGCAUGCGUGUGGUGGUGAGUCUGCUGUCGGGCUCAGACGCCCAGUGUCGUGUGGAGGCGGGAAAAUGUCUGCACACUCUCUCCCACUCCCCUCACCCUGAGGUCGGAAUGACUUGUCUGCUUGCCAGUCCAUAUCUGCUCACCUACCUCUCCGGACAGAGUGCCAAGUUCACGGAGUUGUGUCUGUAUACUCUGGGAAAUCUGUGUCCUGAGAAUGAGUUGGUCAGAGAGAAGCUGUUGGCACAAGGGAUCAUCCCAGCACUGCAUCACUGCCUCCAGAACCACGGUGGUAAUCUGGCCGUGCUGGAAGCUGUUGCCUUCGCACUCUCACAGCUUCUGCAGGCCAGAGAUGCUGAGCAGAAGAUCAUACCGUUGGUUCUGACCUCUGGCCUGACCUCUCACCUCAUGGCAGGGUUGAACUCAGAUCCUGAGUAUGGUAUAGGGGCAUCCAUUGAAUGUGCCUGGUGUCUGCACUAUCUGAGCUGCAGUGAGACAGACUCUUCGGUGCUAGUGAAUCAUGGUGCACUGUCACGAUGUAGUUCCCUGAUGGUGACUCUAGGGGGAGCUGUGGCUCAUGGAGAGUCUCAGGAUGGCUUGGAGCUUCUUAUUUGGCCCCUGCUGCGUUGCCUGGGUAACCUGCUCGCCCGCUGUGAUACGUGCGAGGAAGUGGGAGCGUGUGUGAACGACUGCCGUCUCCUGGCAGCGCUGGGUGUGUUUGCCCAAAGCUACCUGCACACACAUCCAGCUCUCGGCAGAGAAGCCCUCUGGGUACUUAACAACCUCACUGCGGACUCUGUGGUGUGGUGUUCUGCUGUGUUGGGCAGUGGUUUGGUUCCAGUGCUCAUCCAGCUUAUGCCCUUCUCCCAGGGUAUCAACAGCAUGGUGCUGAGGACUCUGGGUAAUGUUGCAUACAAGGGCACUGCAUUCUGCCUGCAGCUAGUAGAGGCAGGGGUGCUCCCUGCUCUUUGUGCCACACUCAAGAUGGCUGACGCAGAGGUUGUGACCUUGAGCUUGGAGGUGCUCCAUUUGCUGGUGGCCAGCAGUCCACAGGUGGCAGAGGGGUUUGUCCAGCUGAAAGGUGUGUCAGUGCUGGAAAUGAUGCUGUUCAACAGUGAAGAAGCCCUCCGCCUGAGAGCCUCUUACAUCAUAGAUCACCUGCCUCAACCAGGGGUGGAUGGGUGUUAGGAUGUUGUUCAAAAGCAUCCAAGCACAUUCUUGUGAAAACAUCUUGAUGUUUAGAUUUGAUCUAUUUCCUGCAUUCAAAAGCAUCCAAGCACAUUCCUGUGAAAACAUCUUGAUGUUUAGAUUUGAUCUAUUUCCUGCAUUCAAAAGCAUCCAAGCACAUUCCUGUGAAAACAUCUUGACGCUUAGAUUUUAUCUAUUUCCUGCAUUCAGCUUCAUUCAUCAUAACAACCUCAACCCUGUGGCGAUCACAGAGUAACACGUUUAAAUGAUACAUUAUUUGUCAAUUCAAUUAUAAAUAACAUUAUAUGGUGUGUUUUUUAAAAGUUUCAAUAAUGAAAAAGGGAGUCUGGCGUAUAAAGUUGUAUUUAUCAGUAAUCAUGAACGUAUCAAAUGGAAAUGCACUACAAACCUUAAGGUUUUGCAUUGGCAUUGGCAAUUAACAUGAAUGUCUUUUGCAGGCCAAACUGCUGUACAUUGUGGAAGUGUUUUAAUAAGGAUUUGGAUUGUCGUAGCUGUUGUGCUCUUUCAUUGAUUCAAACAUAGAACAGAAAACAGCUGAAGGAAAUAUAAAAAUGAACUCCGAAGGUGUCCACAAUGUUUUUGUUUGUAUUUUAUAUGUGUUUGUAAUAAACUGAUCCUUAUCUAAAGAGCA